ACGAGACCCCAUCACUCAGAAAUCCCUCAGACCUUUCAUCUUUCUCUCUCUAGCUCCCGCUUUCUCUCUCCUCUGUCUCCCCCUCCUCCCCCUCUUUCUCUCCCCUAAACAACCUGCAUAGUAUCGAUCCGUCGGCUGCUGUCUCUCCAGCCAUGACGAUGAUGACUCCUCAGCCGUUGGAUCAGCAGGAAGAUGAAGAGAUGCUGGUUCCACACUCGGAUUUAGUCGAAGGUCCUCAGCCUUUAGUCGAAGGUCCUCAGCCGAUGGAAGUGGCACCGGCCGACAAUGACAACACGAGAAGUGUGGGGAAUCAGGCAAAUGAAGAGCCACAAGCAUCACGUUUCACGUGGACAAUUGAGAACUUUUCUCGACUGAAUAUGAAGAAGCUAUAUUCUGAUGUCUUCACUGUUGGGGGUUAUAAAUGGCGCGUGCUUAUUUUCCCGAAGGGAAACAAUGUGGACUUCUUGUCGAUGUAUUUAGAUGUGGCCGAUUCGGCUACCUUGCCCUAUGGGUGGAGUAGAUAUGCACAGUUUAGCUUGGCUGUAGUCAAUCAAAUGCAUAACAAACUUACAGUGAAGAAAGACACGCAACACCAGUUUAAUCAAAGGGAGAGUGACUGGGGUUUCACAUCUUUCAUGCCUCUCAGUGAUCUUUAUGAUCCCAACAAGGGGUACCUCAUGAAUGAUACCUGUUUAGUUGAAGCCGAUGUUGCUGUACGCAAGGUUAUUGACUACUGGGCAUAUGACUCAAAGAAGGAGACAGGUUAUGUUGGGCUUAAGAACCAGGGGGCAACUUGUUACAUGAACUCUUUGCUGCAGACUUUGUACCAUAUUCCUUAUUUCAGAAAGGCCGUGUAUCAUAUGCCAACAACGGAGAAUGAUAUCCCUACUGGGAGUAUCCCUUUGGCUUUACAGAGUUUAUUCUAUAAGCUCCAAUACAAUGACACCAGUGUGGCUACAAAAGAAUUGACUAAAUCAUUUGGAUGGGACACUUAUGAUUCAUUCAUGCAACAUGAUGUUCAAGAACUUAACAGAGUUUUAUGUGAGAAGCUUGAAGACAAGAUGAAGGGAACUGUUGUCGAAGGGACCAUACAAAAGUUAUUUGAAGGCCAUCAUAUGAAUUAUAUUGAAUGUAUUAACGUGGACUUCAAAUCAACAAGAAAAGAGUCAUUUUAUGACCUUCAACUUGAUGUAAAAGGUUGCAAGGAUGUUUAUGCUUCAUUUGACAAGUAUGUGGAAGUAGAAUGCCUUGAAGGAGAUAACAAAUACCAUGCCGAGGAACAUGGUUUGCAGGAUGCCAAGAAGGGUGUCUUGUUCAUUGACUUUCCACCAGUUCUACAGCUUCAGUUAAAGCGAUUCGAGUAUGAUUUUAUGAGAGAUACAAUGGUGAAGAUAAAUGACCGCUAUGAAUUUCCAUUAGAGCUUGAUCUUGAUAGAGAUAAUGGCAAAUAUUUAUCACCCGAUGCUGAUAGGAGUGUACGGAAUCUUUACACGCUUCAUAGUGUCUUAGUUCAUAGUGGCGGGGUGCAUGGUGGACACUAUUAUGCCUUCAUCAGGCCAACUCUUACUGAUCAAUGGUAUAAAUUUGAUGACGAGAGGGUCACCAAAGAAGAUGUGAAAAGGGCACUAGAAGAGCAGUAUGGUGGCGAGGAGGAGUUGCCACAGACAAAUCCUGGUUACAAUAACACUCCUUUCAAAUUCACCAAAUACUCGAAUGCGUACAUGCUUGUGUAUAUACGAGUGAGCGACAAGGACAAAAUAAUCUGUGAUGUGGAUGAGAAGGACAUUGCUGAGCAUCUUAGGAUAAGACUGAAAAAGGAACAAGAAGAAAAGGAAGAUAAGAGAAGAUACAAAGCACAGGCUCACCUUUACACUAUUAUAAAGGUUGCUCGAGAUGAGGACCUGAGGGAGCAAAUUGGAAAGGAUAUCUAUUUUGACCUUGUUGAUCAUGAUAAAGUCCGUAAUUUCCGAAUCCAGAAACAGAUGCCUUUUAACCUUUUCAAGGAGGAGGUCGCCAAAGAACUUGGUAUACCUGUUCAAUUUCAGCGCUUUUGGAUAUGGGCAAAAAGACAAAACCAUACUUACCGCCCAAACAGACCAUUGACACCCCAGGAGGAAGCUCAAACGGUAGGAACACUGCGGGAAGUAUCAAAUAAAGCCCAUAAUGCAGAAUUGAAGUUGUUCUUGGAAGUGGAGCGUGGACCGGAUUUACAACUGGUUCCUCCCCCAGAAAAGAUUAAGGAAGACAUACUGCUAUUCUUUAAACUCUACGAUCCCCAUAAAGAAGAGCUCCGAUAUGUUGGCAGGCUUUUUGUAAAAAGUACUGGCAAGCCUCUUGAGAUCCUAAUGAAGUUGAAUGAAUUAGCUGGGUUUGCUUCUGAUCAAGAAAUUGAACUCUUUGAGGAAAUCAAAUUUGAGCCAUCUGUUAUGUGUGAACGCCUUGAUAAACGAGCUUCAUUUCGGUUCAGUCAGAUUGAAGAUGGGGACAUUAUCUGCUUCCAGAAAUGGCCACCCCCUGAAACUGACGAGCAAGUUCGGUUUGCUGAUGUUCCUUCAUAUCUGGAAUAUGUGAAAAAUCGCCAGAUUGUCCAUUUUCGAGCUUUGGAGAGGCCCAAGGAAGAUGAAUUUUGUUUGGAGUUGGCAAAGAAUCACACUUAUGAUGAUGUUGUGGAACGAGUAGCCCAACACCUUAGCUUGGAUGAUCCAUCUAAAAUCCGGCUUACUCCUCACAAUUGCUACUCCCAGCAACCAAAGCCCAAUCCUAUCAAAUAUCGAUCAGUUGAUCAUUUGAUAGACAUGCUUGUCCACUACAAUCAGGUGAUAUCGGAUAUACUCUAUUAUGAAGUCCUGGACAUCCCUCUUCCAGAGUUGCAGUGCCUGAAAACUUUAAAGGUUGCGUUCCAUCAUGCAACAAAAGAUGAGGCUACAAUCCUUAAUAUUAGGUUGCCUAAACCUAGCACUGUCGGAGAUGUCCUCAAUGAAAUUAAAACAAAGGUAGAGUUGUCUCAGCCAAAUGCUGAACUUAGACUGCUUGAAGUUUUCUAUCACAAGAUUUACAAGAUUUUCCCUACCCAUGAGAAGAUUGAAAACAUAAAUGAUCAAUACUGGACGUUACGUGCAGAGGAGAUUCCGGAAGAAGAAAAGAACUUGGGGCAACAUGAUCGCCUGAUUCAUGUUUACCAUUUCACAAAGGAGACUGCACAGAAUCAAGUGCAAGUUCAGAAUUUCGGUGAACCUUUCUUUUUGGUCAUUCACGAAGGAGAGACAUUAGCAGAGGUCAAAGCACGAAUUCAAAAGAAAUUGCAGGUCCCAGAUGAGGAGUUUUCUAAGUGGAAGUUUGCCUUUUUGUCAUUGGGACGUCCAGAGUAUCUAGAGGACUCGGACAUUGUGUCAACCCGUUUCCAGAGAAGAGAUGUAUAUGGUGCCUGGGAGCAGUACCUGGGGUUAGAGCACUCAGACACGACCCCCAAAAGGUCUUAUAAUGCGAGCCAGAAUCGCCACACAUUCGAGAAGCCAGUAAAAAUAUACAAUUAAGACCUAUUCCUGCUAAUCUUAGAUUGCACGACUCUGAUGUCACAAGGACAAGUUCUGAAAUCUUCAAGCAUGGAUGAUGUAGAAAGGUGGACAAAGCACGUUGAGGGUUUCCCCCUCCCGUGGCUUCACCAAGGGAUCUGGUGGUCUUUUUGGUUACUAUGAUUAUGAUUACUACAACCUUCUCUUUGUUACUCAGAUGGGAAGCGGAGCCUCCACUGCUAUAUGUAUGUUUUUUUUUCGUGGUUGGUAGUUCUUGGACUUCUCAUCUUCCCCAAAUUUUCUGGUUUUGAAGUAGCAGUUGGAAAAUUUUACCUUGUCAUUAUGUGUAAUUUAACAAGAGAUUUUUUCCAGAUUGGGUUGUAAAGUGGGUAUAGUUAGGCCUUACAUUUGUUUAAUGCAUCUUAUAUUGAUUUUGAUUUGAACACAA